CAUUCUCUGUCUCUUCCGUUCCCCUCAUUUCCUCCUAAAGAGGACUGUAAUUGGGACGGAUCUGAAGUCCAAAACAUUAAUCUGACUAUUGGAUUGCAGGAAGCAGAGACUUCUGUAUGUGAGUGAGUGAUUCCCCCUGCUGGGACCCGAGUAGAUAAAAGGAAACUGAAGAUGAAGCCCGCUGCCACCUAUGAGCUGCUGGUGGAUGGAGUUGGGCAGUGGGAUUUUACUGGAGAUUUUGUUCCUUGUGAGCUGUUGCUCACAGGAGAUACUGCAUUCCCGGUGUUGGUAAGCCCUGAGAAGCAGGUUCUGAUCGCUGUUUCUCACUAUGGGAAGGGCCGGAUGGUGGUCGUUUCUCACGAAGAAAUCCUGAAGAAUCCCAACUUUUCCCGGUUCCUUAGGAACGCUGUGGACUGGCUCCGACCCUCCCCAGAGGUGCAGGUUGGAGUCCAAAGGAGCCUGGAUCCCCUCUCUCAGCUGCUCCUAAGGUCCAGCACUAAAGUGCAGCCUGGCGUGGGGCUCAGUGCCUCUCUCGGGGUGUACUGUACUGAUGCCUAUGACGAUGCUCGGGCAGAGGAGCUGGUCCAGUUUGUAAAGGGAGGUGGGGGCCUGCUGAUCGGAGGUCAGGCCUGGUACUGGGCUAGUCAACACGGUGUGGAGAAGGUGCUGUUCGAAUUCCCUGGGAACCGAGUGACUAGUGUGGCCGGUGUGUACUUCACCGGCAAUACAGUGCAGCCAGGGAUCUUCAAAGUCUCGGGAAAGAUCCCAAAGAUCCCCUUGAUCGUCCCGCACGGGGCUAAUCUCAGCCAGGAUGUAGAGCUUCUCCUCAAUGGUGUGUCGGAACUGGAUAUAGUGACGGGUGGGGUGCCCUCCCCCCUGCUGGUGCAUGGGGUGCUGGCCUUCCCACUCGGCCUGGACAGCUCCCACUGCUGCUUCCUUGCUGCAGCGCGCUAUGGCCGGGGCCGGGUGGUGGUGGCAUCUCAUGAGGGCCAGCUGUGUGCCCCGAAGCUGGUAGGGUUCCUGCUCAAUGCUGUACGCUGGCUGGAUGCUGGGAGGCAGGGGCUGGUUGGGGUUGCUGCCCACCUGAAGGGGCUGUGUUCCUUGCUGGCCCAGGAGGGCCGGAAGUAUCGGGUAUCAUCGCUGGCGAGCGACAUGAGCGUCUACUGCUGCCCUUCUCACAGCGACCAAGAGGCGGAGAAGAUCCAGGCCUUUGUGGCGGAGGGGGGAGGGCUGCUGAUUGGGGGGCAGGCCUGGUACUGGGCCUCCCAGAAUCAAGGCCAAGCUGCCGUUGCCGGUUACCCUGGCAACAAAAUCCUCAACCGCUUUGGGAUCAGCAUCCUGGGCAUGAACCUCAAGGCAGAUACAUACCCAGCGCUGCUCCCGGGGGAGCUUCUCCAUCACUACCACUUCCGUCAGGCACUCUCCCUCUUCCAGAGGCACGUGGAAAAGAAGGAGGCACUCGGAGCCCCCCUGGCAGACUGGCUGCAUAGGCUAGGGCAGGACUGUUCUGCCUUCCUGAGGAUCCCAGCUGAAGACUGUCCGGCGUUCUCCUCACUCCACCGCAUCCUGCUCAAAGUGCUGCGCAGAGGCGGGAUCCCGCAGGUCAGCAAGAAGAACCCAAUCAAGAGCAACUCCAAGGAGGCAGCCCUGCUGUGCCUGGCAACACAGCUGUCCCAGACCAUGACGGACUGUGCUGUCCUGGUUGAGAAACCCACCGAUGGGGUCUGCAUGCUCCCAUCCAGCUGCCCUAUCACCCUGGAAAUCGAUGGCACUAAUACAGGUGGAACAGCAUGGAUGAGUACAGGACUUUACCUACCUGAUGGGAACACAGCAGUGUUAACGUUUCCUUGCAUGGCGACCAGUGCUGGUCUGCAGGUGCAGAUCGGGUGUCACUCUGAUGACCUCACCGCUGCAAAGGAGCUGAAACGGGCCCCCAUGGUGAUACGCAAGUGCCAGGUCAGCUGCCAGAGGCAGUCAGUCUCCUGCCUUUGGGGCGGCCUCAUUUACAUCCUUGUGCCAAGGGGAAGCCAGCUGGGCAAAGUGCCCAUCACUGUCGAAGGGACAGUCAAGGUUCCCUACUUCAGACUGGGAGAGACCUGUAAAUGCCAGUGGCUGGCCAGCAUCCGGCACUACCCUGCUCCCUGGGCCGAACUAGCUACUGAGAACAUUAUCCUGACUGUGCCUGCUGACAGCAUCCGCCAUAUAGAGAACCCAGAGCCUCUUCUGACCCUCUGGGACCAGAUCAUGCUGGCUAUAGCUGAGUUGGCAGCGGCACCAGCGAAGUUCCCAAGGCCAGAGAGGAUUGUAACAGACGUCCAGAUCUCAGCUGGCUGGAUGCACGCUGGCUACCCCAUCAUGAGCCACCUGGAUUCGGUGAAGGAGAUGGUGAAUGUGGAACACAUGCGAGCCACCGGCUUGUGGGGCCCAAUCCACGAGCUAGGACACAACCAACAGCGAGCAGGCUGGGAAUUCCCCCCUCACACUACUGAGGCCACCUGCAACCUGUGGUCUGUCUAUGUGCAUGAGAAGGUGCUGGGGAUCCCCAGGGACAGAGCCCACCAGGCCCUCCAGCCACAGUGUCGGAAGCAGAGGGUCACAGGUUAUCUGGAGAAAGGGGCUCAGCUGAAGGACUGGAGCGUGUGGACUGCGCUGGAGACGUACUUGCAGCUGCAGGAGGGCUUUGGCUGGGAACCCUUCAUCCUCCUCUUCUCUGACUACCAGAAAAUGCCCAAUGUCCCCAAGGACAACCCCUCCAAGAUGAACCUGUGGGCAGAGAAGUUCUCUCAGCAGGUGAACAAGAAUCUGGCUCCUUUCUUUCUGGCCUGGGGCUGGCCCAUCAAGGAUGAAGUCUCCUUGAAACUGGCUUCUCUACCAAACUGGGAGGAGAACCCAAUGAAGCUACAUGAACCUGGGAAGAAAUAAAAUCUGAGCACUUAGUCUUCAAAACUAAUCCAACAGCCACUUACCUUUCCUUUAAGCUGUACCAGAGUUUUCAUUGGUCUAGCUGGUAUACUUAAUGGUGCCUCAGUGCAGGGGGCUGUUCUAGAUGAUAUCUCGAGGUCCCUUCCAGGCUGACAUUUCUAUGAUCAUGCCAACACACUGAUUCCGAUUUUAUAUCCACAACCUCUGUUCUUCACUGGACAGUGGGAUAUGGACUUACUAUUUCCCUAUCUUUUCCCUGAAUUCCAUAGCUUGUUGCUCUCUGCGUGAAAUCCCCUCCCUUCCUCCGUGCAGAGGGUCAGCAAAGGCCUAUGUGAUAUCCAAAUUUCAUGUAAACCUUGAGAACUUACUUAGUGCAUAGGGCUUGUGCUGACCCUCUGCCUAGGGGGGAAUUUCAUCCCUAGCCUGUCAGUUUGACCAUGUCAUCUUCUCUUUGCAUCCCUCUCUUGGCUCCUAUCACAUCAAACAGAAGCCUCUGGUCUUUAUUUUCAAGGCCCUUCCUGGCCUACCUCCACCCUACCUAUCAUCUCUCAUUUGCUAUCGAAAUGUUUACUCCCAUCUUUGAUUGGCCCAUGUUUCCAGCUUCCCUCAUCCCCUUGUUAAAUUUUCAAACAAGCACCCUUGUGCUUUUUCCCAUGCUGCCCCUCAUGCUUGGGAGGAACUCUCCAUAAACAUCCAUAGAGCUACCUCCUCCUCCUCCUUCAAAACCCUCCUUAAACCUCUCUUUUGCCAUGAUACCUACACAAAACUUGCCAAUGUAGUAGGCUGUUGUGGUGUGCUGAGAUCACACACUAUCAUACUGACCAAUGCUGUUUCACUGUUGCCUUGUACUCUCCCAUCGGCUUGUCUGUGCCCAUCUGUUGUCUCUUGUCUCAUACUUGGGGCAGGUCUAUACUACAGUGGGAAUCGACGCUCUGAGAUCGAUCCACAGGCAGUCGAUUUAGCGGGUCUAGUAAAGAUCCGCCAAAUUGACUGUAGACCUCUCUCCAGUUGACCCCUGUACUUUACUCCCGACAAGAAGAGUUAGGUAAGUCGACAGGAGAUUUUCUCCCAUCAACCACCCCCCCCGCCACCCACGGUGUAGACCCUGUGGUAACUCGACCUAAGGUACGUCGACUCCAGCUACGUCAUUCACAUAGCUGGAGUUGCGUAGCGUAGGUUGACUUACCACGGUAGCGUAGACAUAGUCCCUGGCCCAAAGAGCUUACACUCUAAGGCUGUCUUUUUUUCUUCUGUGUUUGUAUAGCUCCUAGCACAAUGAGGUUUUGGUCCUUACCUAGAGCUAUGGACUAGGGGGCCUACAUGCUCUGGUAAUAUAAAUAAUGAGCAAUAAAUAAUACACAAUAGGGAUGAAAUGGCCACCCAGUGGCAGCAGAGCGUAAAGGAAUGAAAGUGUUGUAAUUAGAUGACUGAACAGGUGCGUUGUGGAAGUGGCUGUGGCCGUAGUUAGGAUAUUUAAUGAGAGUGAGCUAUGGUCUGACCCUAUCUGACAGGGAAAUGGGAUACUAGAUGGUCCUGUGGUCCUUUCUGGAGUGCAGGAAAUGGGAUAACAAGCUAGAUGAAUCAGUGAUUUAAUCCUGUGUAGCAGACGGCUGGACUAGAGAGGACAGAGGCCUGAUCUGGAUAAGGAGGAGGUUAGGCACUGGACAGUGAAAGGGAACAAUGCUGUUCUGGUACGCUAGAAUCAAGCAGAGCAAGAGCUUGCACACCAGUGUGGGUGGAAUAAUGAUUGAAUAUAGUAUUACUUAAAUGAAACUCUCCUCUGCUAGAGAGUGAAUAAAUUAUUUCCUUGAGGCAAUGCAAUUUCUUUGCAUGGUAUUUUGAGAAACAAAGAAUGCUACUGGAUAUUAAUUUAGGGUCACAGUCAGUUUUUCUCCAGGGCAGAAGUCAGGAGAGAUUCUCCUCCUCUUUGUAGUCUCUCUGGAUGGAAACAGGCGUGGGUGAGAGGGAAGUGGUGUGAUUUCCUAAUAGGUGCGCCUCUUGUAAAAUCUUAUCACCAGCAACUUUAAAUAAGGCCCUCCGGCAUUUACUGUUUACAAGUUACAGCAUCACUUUCAAUGACCAGCCUUUUAAUUAGACCCAAAGAGAUUUUUUUCAAGGUUGCCCUCUGAGCCGUUCACUGCUGCGUGUUUGAACCAAGACAUUGGUGUUUAGAACAGCAGUAACUCAGGGCCUACCAAAGUCAAUGGAAAGAUUCCAAUAGAGCCUGUGAAAUAGACUUGAAUGGGAUCCGCAGAGCUGAAACAAUUCAGAGGCAGCCAGUCAUGAAGCAUGGCACCUCUUUCUUAUUCCCUUGCACUCUUCUCUCUCCUUGUCACAGUUUCAUAGAAUUAAUUCUCAUCCCCUUUCCUUCUGCUUACUGUAGUUAACAUCAGCAAUUUGUAUUUAACUUUUCAGGAGUUUUCCCCUUUUAUUUCCUCUUUGUUGUUUUAUUAAACUCAGUCUCUCCCCAUUCAAUCAGAUAGUCAGAGUCACUGCUCUCUGUGUAUGUGUUACUUCUUUAUAUUGUUUUUAUUGCAUUCAAGGUAAACAGAAAGAAGAUAGUUAUAUGGGAACUGGAGAGUAUUAAGUGUUAGAGAACACAAGUAAAAUAAAAUCUGUAUUAUGGG